AGACAAAAGCUGGUUAUGUAACCUAGGACCUAUAUCGCUCUUUAUCGAGCAAAACAGAAGGAAAAACACAGAUUUCUCUCAAGAACUUUGCUCUCAAAGCAACCUUUGCACUUUUGCGCUUCAAACAAUAAAAUCAGAGCACUUCAUGAGUGACGCGUUCACGUCAGCUGGCUGAGAGGCGCUUGAUUUUUUUUUUGUUUUGUUUUUUCUCCUCUUUUUUUCGUGAGCAUCUAUGAAACGCUAAUGAUCAGCGAGCAUCUGACCGAUGGAUGAACAUGUGACCGUUGUGUGGACCCGCAGUCACCGCGACACCUGACAGGAUUUCACACAGCGGAAGGUCUCUGCUCCUGCUCCUUCUUUUUGGAACCAGAUCACUGCCGAGUGAGGAAGAGGAGGAGGAGGAUGGAUACCACGGAACAGGGAGCUCAGGUAGAGCCACUGCUGCUUUCGGUUAACUCCUCAUUGGCUCCAUCAAUCAGGCGAAGAAGCUUGAGGAAUGACGAUGAGGCAGUGGUGGAUCGGGGAGGAACCCGGUCCCAGCAGAGGGCCAACUUUGAGCAGGAGGAUUUUGAAGGUCACAGGACUCUCUACAUUGGGGUCCAUGUCCCUUUAGGCAGUACCAGGAAUCGUAGCCAUCACAGGCAUCGUCACCACGGGAAAAAACAUUGGAGGAGGAGCAGAGAGCGAACCCUUCCCUUGGUGGAGGGAAGAGAGUCUCCAAAUUACGACACUCCCUCCCAGCGGGUUCAGUUCCUGCUGGGGGCAGAAGACGAUGACGAGGAACACAUCCCCCAUGACCUCUUCACGGAGAUGGAUGAGAUCUGUCUGAGGGAUGGAGAGGACUCGGAGUGGAGGGAAAGUGCCAGGUGGCUGAAGUUUGAGGAGGAUGUAGAGGACGGGGGAGAGCGAUGGAGCAAACCCUACGUCGCCACGCUGUCUCUCCACAGUCUGUUUGAGCUGCGAAGCUGCAUCAUUAAUGGCACUGUGCUGCUUGACAUGAGGGCAAAUAGCAUUGAAGAGAUUGCAGAAAUGGUCUUGGAUCACCAAGAGUUAUACUCACCACUGGGAGAUGACCUCAGAAAGAAGGUGCGUGAAACUCUCUUGAAGCAGCACCAUCACCAGAACCAGAAGAAGCUCGCUAACCGCCUGCCGAUUGUACGCUCCAUCGCCGACAUGGGCCGGCGGGCGUCAGAGCUCCAUCUGGACAAGAAUGGUCAGCUGACGGCAUCUCAGUCUCAGUUAGCGGGUCCUGAUGGCAAAGGGGACAUCAGCAGAGAGAACAGUGCUGUGGACUUUAGCAAGAUAGAUCUUCAUUUCAUGAAAAAGAUCCCGCCGGGUGCGGAGGCCUGUAAUGUGCUGGUGGGAGAACUCGAGUUUCUGAACAAGCCAGUCGUGGCAUUUGUUCGCCUUUCCCCUGCUGUCCUGCUGAACGGGUUGGCUGAAGUCCCAAUUGCCACAAGGUUUCUAUUUAUUCUGCUGGGGCCUUUGGGUAGGGGAACUCAGUAUCAUGAGAUUGGGAGGUCCAUAGCAACUCUUAUGACAGAUGAGGUUUUCCAUGACGUUGCCUACAAAGCUAAAGACCGGAAUGACCUUAUUGCUGGGAUUGAUGAAUUCCUUGAUCAAGUGACUGUCCUGCCUCCAGGGGAAUGGGAUCCAUCAAUACGCAUAGAGCCACCAAAAAAUGUACCUUCUCAGGAAAAGAGAAAGAAAAGCAACCUUUUGCCUAAUGGCUUAGUGGAGGGUGAGGAGGAGGAUGAAGACAGUGGCCAUGGUGGUCCAGAACUGCAGCGUACCGGAAGGUGGUUUGGUGGCCUUAUUCUGGACAUCAAGCGCAAGGCCCCCCACUACCUGUCAGAUUACUCUGAUGCUAUUAGCUUGCAGUGUGUUGCCUCUUUCUUGUUCCUGUACUGUGCCUGCAUGUCCCCUGUCAUCACCUUUGGAGGACUGCUGGGCGAGGCAACAGAGGGAAGAAUAAGUGCAAUUGAGUCACUGUUUGGCGCGUCACUAACAGGAAUAGCCUAUUCGCUGUUUGCUGGGCAGCCCCUCACCGUUUUGGGAAGCACGGGCCCUGUGCUGGUGUUUGAAAAGAUACUUUUUAAAUUCUGCAAGGAGUACGGUUUGUCCUAUCUGUCUCUCAGAACCUGCAUUGGCCUGUGGACAGCUUUUCUCUGUAUUCUGCUGGUGGCCACAGAUGCCAGUUCCCUUGUUUGUUACAUCACCCGUUUCACAGAGGAAGCGUUUGCCUCGCUCAUCUGCAUCAUCUUUAUUUAUGAAGCCUUGGAGAAACUUUUGCACCUGGGGGAACUCUUUCCCUUUAACAAGAAUAACAACUUGGACAAGCUCACCACAUAUUCAUGUGCUUGUGUUGAGCCUUCGGAUCCCACUAAUGGCACCGUAAAGUUCUGGGAAGUCAACAAUGUAACUGCCUCUGAAAUUUACUGGGAAGCCCUGGAGGUGAAGGAUUGCAUUGAAAAGAGAGGGGAGUUUGUGGGGACUGCUUGUGGUCCUCAUGGACCCUACGUUCCAGAUGUUCUCUUCUGGUGUGUCAUUCUCUUCUUUUCUACUGUUGUCAUGUCUGCCUUUCUCAAGGAGUUCAAGUUCAGCAAUUACUUCCCCACAAAGGUGCGGUCUAUUAUCAGUGAUUUUGCUGUGUUCAUCACUAUUCUCACCAUGGUCUUGGUUGAUUAUGCCCUAGGGAUCCCCUCCCCCAAACUGAAGGUGCCUAAUGUGUUCAAGCCAACCAGAGACGAUCGGGGUUGGCUCAUCAACCCGCUGGGGCCCAACCCCUGGUGGACAGCGGUAAUAACUGUUAUACCAGCUCUACUUUGCACAAUCCUAAUCUUCAUGGACCAGCAGAUUACCGCUGUCAUCAUCAACAGGAAGGAAAACAAACUCAAGAAAGGUUGUGGAUACCAUCUAGACUUGCUGAUGGUUGGGAUAAUGCUGGGCGUGUGCUCCGUGAUGGGACUGCCGUGGUUUGUGGCAGCCACCGUCCUCUCCAUCACGCACGUUAACAGUCUGAAACUGGAGUCGGAGUGUUCAGCUCCAGGGGAGCAGCCGAAAUUCCUCGGCAUUCGGGAGCAACGCGUGACAGGCCUCAUGAUCUUCAUGCUCAUGGGCAGCUCUGUCUUUAUGACGUCAGUGCUGAAGUUUAUUCCUAUGCCGGUGUUGUAUGGAGUUUUUCUUUACAUGGGGGCAUCUUCUCUAAGAGGCAUUCAGUUCUUUGAUCGCCUCACGUUGUUUGGUAUGCCAGGCAAGCAUCAGCCAGACUUCGUCUACUUACGACAUGUUCCCCUGAGGAAGGUGCACCUCUUCACCAUAAUCCAACUCAGCUGUCUCAUUCUUCUGUGGGUUAUCAAGACCUCCAGGGCCGCCAUUGUUUUUCCUAUGAUGGUCUUGGCUCUGGUUUUCAUUAGGAAGUUGAUGGACUGUAUCUUCACCAAGCGAGAGCUGAGCUGGUUGGAUGAUCUCAUGCCAGAAAGCAAGAAGAAAAAGCUUGAGGAUGCUGAGGAGGAAGAAGAGCAGAGUAUUCUAGCAGAAGAUGAAGGUGUUGUGCAAGUGCCAUUGGGGGGAUAUAAAGGAAUACCCAUCAUCAACAUCACAGAUGAGAUGUCAAAAGGCUCGUUUGGAAAUACCUGGAAUGCUAACGACUGAAGAAAAGAAAAAAAAGCAUCUAUGAAGGUUUUCAAGAUUAUUAGGCUGUACUUUUUUUACAGAAAUUUUGCCUAAGGCAGUAAAUUAGUUUUCAACGAAAGAAUGAAAACAAUGUUCAGAUUGAUUAUUUAGCUGCGAGGAAAUUGCAUGACUAGAGUUAUGGCAAAGUAUCACACUAGAAAUCAUCGAGCUCCUAAGACUGACCCAUUCUUUCACAAAAAUAUGUCUGCCUGCAUGCCAAGGUGAUGGAGUGUACACACUUGGGGCCUUGGAAGGGAUUGAACACCUGUAUUUAAGGACUUUUGACAUAAAUAUGUAUUUUGCAAUUACACUUAUGCUUUGUUAACUUUGUUGUUGAACUUCAAUAUUAUAAACAUGAAGAUAUAAAACAACUUUUUCAUGAGAUUGCAAAAAACAAAACAAAACAAAACAAAAAACGCCAAAAGGUGGAAAAAAAUGAAGCCCGGUUUGGACUGUGCAGACGGCCUGUCCCACGAUGUCUCUCCAUGUUUAGCCCUUCUGAUUUUAUACAUUCAAAUUUGUUUGCAAGAAAACACGUGUGUCAAGAUCGUACAAAAACAGUCUGGUUUCAAAACCAAUAAAACUGUGAAACUUUUAAACAAUACAAAGUUAUUAUUACAUGUGAUUUGCACAAUUUUCUGUUUCUGUGACUCUUAUUUUAUAUCUAUAUGUUUUUAACCAAAUUACAUACCAUACAAUCUAGAAAGCACAAGCAAUAGCUCCUCACGCCUAAACAACGCUAUCCUAUCCAUGUAAUAAAGUGUUUAUUUAUAAAGUGUUUAUUUAUAUAUAUUUUUUGUGGGUUUUAAGAUGAUACUCAGUUGUUUUUUUUCAGCAGAUUAUUUUGUAAUGCGAGAAAAGUCUUAGUCUUUUGCUUUCUAGUGACAGUGUACUUCUUCAAUCUUCAGUGUUAAAUUUCUCUUAACUGAGUCAUUAAGCCAUUUAACUGUCAAAUGUUUUACCGUUGUCAACUUUUCAAAGAAUAAAACUAUGACUUGUGUAGUACAUUGUUUUGAAAGUAUUUAUGAGGUAUUAUAUUGUCCGUACUACAAGUGUGCAAACCUCAAUAAUUCGAGAUGUUUCACUUUUUGAGUGUAACCACGUAAAUAAAAGGUGUUUCAUCGAUAUUGUAGUAUACUGAAAUGCACAUGUAUAUAAUUGCAGAAAUAAAUCCUAAUAAAGAUGAUAAAACGUC